GACACCUCCUCAACUCGCCCCUGUCCGACGAGAUGCUGUCGAUUAUCGAGAACAACAAGGUCGACGCGAAUUUGGCCCGCGCGAUCACGAAGACGUUCCUCUCGGUGGUCCACAGCAAGUACUGGCGGCAGAUCGAGGACGCGGACCUGCGCCCUGGGUCCGAGGAG